GUCAGAACGUUUGUCUUCUGUUCUUUUCUGACGCUCUUCCUGCGUUUACACUUCGAGGCUCGCGUUGGGGACCACGCUUUGUUCGAGCCUUUCUUCAUCGUUAUUGCCACUUUUUCUCCUCGCAUUCACGCCUUCAAUUAUGCGGCCGCUUUGCCGAGUGGUGGUGCUGUGGGCGUUGGUGCUCAGCACGGUGCUGCUGCACAGCUCCCUCGCCGUGCGCGCCGCGUCGUACGGCUCCAAGAUCGAGGCCGGGGAGGCGGAAUGCUACACGGAGGUGGUCGAGGCGGGCGGCACGCUGGGCUUCACCUUCCGCGUCACGGACGGCGGCUCCUUCGACAUCAACGCCGACCUGAAGGUGCGCUCCACCCCGCCGGUGGAUGUGAUCGGGCAGGUGUCACGCUUUCAUUUCAACGCCCACUUCGCCGGACUCCGGGAUCGGCAGCGGGAGACGGUGCUGAAUGAGUGGCAGCGGGCCACGGAGGGCAGCUACACCUACACGGCCCCGUCGGUGCUGGAGACGCGCCAUGGCCUGCCCUCGGAGGUGACGGUGUGCUUCAACAACAGCUUUUCCACCGUGUCGCCGAAGUGGAUUCGCUUCAACAUUAUAAAGCGCGAUGUGCUCGAGGUCGACCCGGACGCGGUGAACAAGGUGGAGAGCGAGAUGGAGGAGGAGCUGCACCGCUACGGUACGAUUCUGUUUAGCAUAGCGCAGGACGCCAACUUGCUGCAGCUCACCGGUGAGGCCGAUCGCGUGAAGCUGAAUUCGCUGUCGAAGAUCAUGGCGGCCGAGUUGGCGCUGAACGUUUUGGUUCUGCUGACCAUGGCCGUUUACCAGUACUUCUCUCUCUCUCGCUUCCUGAGUCGACAGGCGCAGCGCGGAAAAAUACAAAUCGCCACGAAGUAG